UUCCCCCUGACGGUUUGCUCCUAACUCUACAAGGUCCGUCCCAACACGGAAAUGUGGAAAAGUGCCGCUUUUAUGGAUGUAAAGGGACACUUUAAUUGUCACCACCAGAUGUUGGACGUUCGCUACGCGGCAGACGGACACUGGAAAUGAAUAUAGAGUUCGACCUCUGUCGCUAGUUUAGCAGCUUUAAUUGAGUCCUCUUCUUUAUUUGUGUCGGACCACCAUGAAGUCGAGGAUUUUAGGGGUUAUGGGGAGUCUGGAACACAUUCUGCUGUCUCUUCUCCUGCUGUCCUGGGAGAACAAACUUCUUCAGGUUGGAGGAGUCAGAUCAGUCACACUCCCAGAGUCCCUCCUGUUUGUCUCCACUCUGGACGGCAGUCUGCAUGCCAUCUCCAAGCAGACAGGACACAUCAAGUGGACUUUAAGAGAAGACCCUGUUAUUCAAGUGCCUAACUACUUUGAGGAGCCUGGUUUUCUCCCAGAUCCUAAUGAUGGCAGUUUGUACGUCCUUGGUGGAAAACAUAAGGAGGGCUUGAUGAAACUGCCUUUUACCAUCCCAGAGCUGGUUCAAUCCGCCCCCUGCAGAAGCUCUGAUGGCAUGCUCUUCACAGGGAAAAAACAUGACGUGUGGUUCGUAGUGGAUCCUGAAACUGGCGAAAAGCAAACAAGUUUAACCACCUCCUCCUCUGAGUCCAUCUGUCCCAACACUCCUUUGCUCUACAUUGGACGCACUGAGUAUAUGGUUACCAUGUUUGAUAGUAAGAUACAAGAGCUUCGAUGGAACGCUACGUACAACGAUUACUCUGCUCAUCCUUAUGAUGAGAAGCAAAACUACAAAAUGGCUCAUCUGGUGUCUAGUGGUGAUGGUCUGGUGGUGACCGUUGACCGGGAAUCAGGCGAUGUCCUGUGGACUCAAAACUACGGUUCACCUGUUGUGGGGGUAUACCUCUACUAUGAAGAGUCACUGAGACACGCCCCUCACCUCUCGCUAGCCAUGGAGACACUGCGCUUUCUCACCUUCUCCUCUGCUAAAGACCAGGCAGAAGCUCACUCUACGUUAAAAUGGAGCUACCAGUUUGUGACGGAGCAAGCCAGAGCACAAACCCAACUAAUACCCACUCUCUAUGUUGGAAAACUUGACUCCCACCUUUAUGCUUCAGCUUCACUCGUCCAUCGUGGAGUGUCAUUAGUGCCUCGGGGACUGACGCUGGCUCGGAUUGAGGGUCCAAUGACCGCGGAGGUGACGGUCAGUCAGAGAGGGGAAUGUGAGAUCACUCCUUCCACUAAUGUCCAAUAUCCACCAGGGAGCACAAACAGCCAGAAAAACCACUGGCUGCUAAUAGGCCACCAUGAGGUCCCUCCAUUAGCCCACACCACCAUGCUGAGGGAUUUUCCUGCCAAUCUGCAGCAUUCUGGUGAGCCAGUCAUCCCACCUCAAACCUCUGCCUCUCCCUUCUCCUCUGCUUCCUUCUACCACCAGCACUAUUUUCAAGCUGUCUCUGGCAGCCACAGUGACCAUAACACCAAGAAGGAAGGGGCCAGUGAGGAGACCACUGGGCAGACCCAGAGACCUGCCACUGUGUUGCCCAUCUACCUGACCCAGGACCGUCUGAUGCUGGUAGUUCUGACCAUUCUGGUUGGAGGAUGGCUCUCCUUUGUGGUCACUUUUCCUCUUGUGAGUUCAUCUGUGAAGCGUAAAGCCCAACAGCUGAAAGCUCAAAGGCAGCUGGAGGAGGUCUUACAGUCUCGCCUUCAGGAAAUGCAGACCAGCAUGCAGACAAAUCUUCAGCUAGUCACUUUGGUUUCCGCAGAUAGGAGUAUGUCCACUGAGCCAACCAUCACAAGUGAUUUUCCGACUGUAUCAAAUGAUAAUUCAUCUAAUAUUCAGCAUCACAACAGAAGAACAUCAGAGUCAGAUAAAAAUGACUCAGUUGAUCAAAAACCUUCAACUGCAGAAAUUGAUAAUGAAGUGCUGGUAGGAAAAAUCUCCUUUACACCAAGUGAUGUACUUGGACAUGGAACAGCUGGGACCUUUGUCUUCAGGGGUAGGUUUGACGGACGUCACAUUGCCGUGAAGAGAAUUCUGCCUGAGUGUUUUGAGGUAGCCGAACGAGAAGUACAGCUUCUCCGAGAAUCGGACACACACCCCAACGUCAUCCGAUACUUCUGCACAGAGAGAGACCGUCUCUUCACCUACAUUGCCAUCGAGCUAUGUGCUGUGACUCUGCAGCAGUAUGUGGAGGAUUCCUCUUGCUUUCCUGAGCUGGAUAAUAUAACUCUUCUGGAGCAAACCAUGUGUGGCCUUUCUCAUCUGCAUUCACUCAAUAUAGUCCAUCGUGACCUCAAGCCCAGAAACAUUCUCCUCUCUGGGCCAAAUGCUCUGGGUCAAGUCCGAGCACUCAUCUCAGACUUUGGACUGUGUAAGAAGAUCCCAGAUGGUCGGAGCAGCUUUUCACUGCGCUCUGGAAUACCAGGAACUGAAGGCUGGAUAGCUCCGGAAGUUCUGCGAGAGACGCCUGGAAACAAGCCUACAUCAGCGGUGGAUGUGUUCUCAGCAGGCUGUGUGUUCUACUAUGUAGUCAGCAGAGGGCAGCAUCCUUUUGGCGAGGCUCUGAGACGACAGGUCAACAUCCUUUCAGGAGAGUACUCACUCUCACACUUCAUGGAUGACAUUCAUGAUGAUGUCAUAGCAAAGGACUUGAUUGAGCAAAUGAUCAGCGCUGACGCAGAGUCCCGGCCCUCCACCGCCUGUGUGCUCAAACAUCCGUUCUUCUGGAGCCCUGAGAAGCAGCUGCUCUUUUUCCAGGACGUCAGCGACCGCAUAGAGAAGGAGCCAGCAGAGAGUCCGAUUGUGGUCAGACUGGAGACUGCAGGCAGAGCAGUGGUCCGAACCAACUGGAGGAUGCACAUCUCUGUCCCUCUGCAGACAGAUUUGAGGCGGUUCAGGACGUACAAAGGAAACUCGGUGAGAGAUCUGCUCAGAGCCAUGAGGAACAAGGACCAUGUUUUGUUUUCAAAAUAUCACAGAAGCAUCACUACCAUGAGCUGCCACCAGAGGUCCAGGACACCCUUGGGGAACUUCCAGAAGGCUUUGUCGGCUACUUCACCUCCCGGUUUCCACGGUUACUGAUGCACACGCAUGCCGCCCUGCAAAUCUGCACCCAUGAGAGGCUCUUUCACCCUUACUAUCUGCCACCCAAAGCCAAAUAGCUUUCACAUGACUCAGCCCUCCUUGUUUUAUGCACAGAAAGAAAAAGAGCCUUUUACAGUUUCCUAUUAUUGCUUUUGUAAAGCCUACACUGUUUCAGGGGGAGGUUACAGUGCUGUGAAGAAGGUUUUAUGUGCCUUUGGAAAUUUUAUAAAGUAUUUUUAAUGGGUUUUAUUAGACCUUUUCUUUACAAAGGCUUUAAAUGAUUUAAUAAACACCUUUUAAAUAGAGGAAAAGUGUUUCUGAGAACUAAAACACUAAACUAAAUGAAUAGGAAUAACAUUAUUAUCAAGCCCUGGUAAUGGUGUGUAAAAAGCCCUAAAAGUCCACUAUUAUUCCAAAUUCACUUUUUGCUUGUUUUUCUUCUAUGGGGGAUUUUUUCUCCCAUAAUCCAAGAGCACAAACGUUAAGUCUGAAAGCAGGAUUUCAUGUCUGUUGUUCUCAAAACUUUUAACAUUUUUGCUUACAUUUAUAUUUUGAAAGCAUCUAUCGAUCUAGGUAAAUAGGUAGAUCCUCUAUGUAUGUUAAUGUUAUUUGUUUGAAAUAAAGUAAAGAAAAGUAUGUUUGAUGGGGACAAUGAUGUAUCAGAAACUCGCUAAAUACUAAACAGAUUUUGUCAUGAGGUGUGGUGUGGAUGAGUGGUGAGGCAGACGCGAUGGAACCAGGUUAGAUGAAUAAUGAUGAUUUAAUGAAGAAAAAGCCAACAUAAAGUCCAAAACCAGGCAGCACUGCAGAGUGGAGACCAGGGCUCAACACAGGUAGCACUAGCUAUACGAAUGGACAUGAAGACAGAGACAGCACGCACAAACGACUAGGACCCGACAAGGACGCAGACACACAAGUGGCAUUAAAUCCACAGAGGGUAAUCACAGAAACGAGACACACUUGGGAAUGAUCAAGAGGAGACAGGAUGGCACAGAGACUCAGGGACACAGAAAACUCAAAAUAAACACAGAUAAAAACACAUAUCCUGACAGAUUUUCAAGAUUUUUUUUACUGUAAACUGUAUUGAAACAGCUUUCAUAGCUACAGGAAAUGUAUUUUUUAAGUGUUUUUGAAUUGGAUUGAUACAUGGUUCAGCAAAUUUAGAUAUUCUUAUUGGGGUAAACAUAAUAGAUUCGGAAUAGAAUAUUUUGAUAUUGAUGUAUGAUGAGCAUUUUACAUAGCACACAACCAGUCAUAUAUUAGCCUUUAUUGUGGGGGCUGAAUUCCGGUAUUACACCAAGCACUAGAGCCAAUAUUAGCUGGCAUUUUGUUGAUGGACAUAAAUACAGUAUAGUAAUAUUCUAUUCGUAAGAUAUAAAUGGUAAUAUAUCCAUCUUACUUGUGAAACGUAAAUUGUUGCAUCACAAUUUCUUACCUGGCAACCAAAGGCCAAGUCUAGCACCCUCACCUGGCAUCACAAGUGGAGCUCCACCCACUUCAUUACAAGAUGUUACACAUAUGCUGCGUGUAACAAGCAGUUCACUUCAGUUUUACCAAGUUACCGCUGCAGUGGCUACUGGAAAAGGAAAAUGUUUUGCUGUCGACUGCAAUACAGAGCAUGCGUUCAUGCAUUUUCUCCCAGUCACAUAGAACAAAGCUACAUGGCUUCAUUUUUAUUUUUGCUUGCAAUGUCUCUGUGAUGUUGCGAAAGACAACAGUAAUUUAUACAGAUCAGUUUAGUUAGGAAUCCUUUGAAAACUAUCAACAGAACAUGACAGAAUUUACCAAAGACUGGGAAUGACGGAGGGUUCUGCUCCUACUCUUAAACACAAAUCUGCAAAUGAUGGCGAUGUAAGUAAAUAAUGGUAUCUUGUGUGUUUUGUAGUGUUGUUUGGUAUGAACAUCAUUUGUCAGUUAGUACAAUUCCAGUAAACUGGGAUUGUAACUGAAAGUCUACCUUGAGAAGAUGCAGUUUUUGUGUAAACAUCUCAGAUUCCUGGACAUUACUGACAUUGCAUGAAUAGUUUUUUACAUCUUGGAAGAAAUGCUUGUCCGCUAACCUCGCAAAUAUAUAUUUUAGCAUUUGUCUGCUAAUGCAUUUGCGGACAAAAAAACGAUCUUUGUGCUGAAUUAGUGUGCUGAUGUCAUUUGCUCAACUUCACAUCAUAGCACAUUGCCCCAAAGCACAGCAGAAUCUUCAGAAUUUGAAUUAAUGAUGUAAAUGUGCGUCAGAUCCGCCAUGUUUAAUCCUUCAGUGGUUGUGGCUUGCUGGUUGUUCAGGAUGCUUCACUUCUGCUUCUGGGUCUAACUCAGAGUCAAAAAUGUAUAGUCUGCUGUAUGGUCCAUUUUCGUAUGUCUGCUAAUGUAAACAGUGAGUUGAGAGAACUUGGCCAGCUUAUUUGCAUAAGCAUGAUGUAACCCUAAAACAGUUCAUUCCUAAAUGAGCUCAAAACAGUGAACUGAUGGGGUGAAAUUUUAAUAUCUGAGAAUGAUUUUGUAUAUUAAAUGUAAUGAACAUGUUGUGUAUAGUCCAUAGACUUAUCCAAGCCUGAAUCUAUCCAAGCAUAAUAGUGGACCUUUAAAAUGAAUAAAUCUUUUACUAAAUCUUUUUUAGGAAAGUUACAUUUUUUGUUUGUUUGACUGCAGAUUCAAUCACAAUUUGUGUUUUCAAAUAUGCUCUUGUAGCAAUUUUCAGACUUGUGAAGAUUAACAUACCUGCCUUACAUGAAUGACCAGGUUCUCUUGUCUUUGUCAUUUUGAAGAGUGGAUAAUAAAAAUAGGCCUCUGUUCAGCAGUUUCACUUUUGUAUUAAACUCAUUGUACGUCGCAAGAAAACCUGCUCAGGGUGUCCAGAAAUUAUUUUAAGAAUAUUUUUAGAGCCUAAAGUAGAUUUGAAUGAAAUUCAGAAACUGUCACCAGACAAACUUUGUUUGAGCACUGUGGGUUCUUGAAAGUAACGGACUGUAAGUAACAGUCCGUUACUUACAGACACGGACUGUGGGUUUGUGUCAGUAUGUAAGGUGAACUUACCUAACUAAGUUAGGUAAGGUGAACUUACCUAACUUACUGAAAACAACAUAAAAAGGAAAAUAUUUGCAUAUCAGGAAACAGAUACUUCAUUUGAGCAGGUAAACAUUGCACUCUUGUUGCUGCUGAAUGUCUCCACUGUUGGUUGUUUUUUAGUUUGUGUUUGUGUGUCUGACUACACUUUUUGUUGAUGGUAGCUACACUGACUCCCUUCCUAAAGCAGAACUUGGAGCAUCACGGUUUCAGACUGCAUCACAGAUGUAAUUCAGACGAGGAUGAGAAGUUCUGGUCAUUUAGCCUUUAAUGACUGUAGAAACAUAAAGCUACACGCCUGAGUGGAUGGUUUUGGAUCUGCUGUUUCAAUGGAUCACCACUUCUAAGUAAACAUCUGCACUUGCACAUGCCAGAAAAAAUGCUUUUUUGUUGUUUUGUUUUGUUCUUAUAACUGCUGGAUGCAAGCUUGUUGUUUUUGUUUCUUUACCAGCACAAAUGAUGACAAAUAAAACUUUUGUACUUUUUUCAAUUGAGCAAAUUAAAGCAAUGCUUUGGGUGUGCCAAAGGAUAAAUGA